AUGGGAGAAGGAAAUCACUCAGAGGUGACUGAGUUCAUUCUCACAGGACUCACAGAUCGUCCAGAGCUACAGGUCCCUCUUUUUGGGGUGUUCCUACUGAUUUAUAUUGUCACCGUGGUGGGAAAUGGGGGGAUGAUCUUUUUAAUCAAGACUGACCCUCGACUCUACACCCCCAUGUACUUUUUCCUCAGUUAUUUGUCUUUCUGUGAUCUUUGCUAUUCCACUGCAAUUGCCCCUAAAAUGCUGCAGAAUUUCUUAGCCAAGAGGAAAAGCAUUUCUUACACCGCCUGUGCUGUGCAAAUGUAUUUAUGUUAUGUUUUUCAAGUUGUUGAGUGUUUCUUGCUGGCUGUGAUGGCGUAUGACCGUUAUGUGGCCAUCUCCAACCCACUGCUCUAUACGGUCACUAUGUCCAAGCGGCUUUGUAACCUGCUGGUGGCUGGGGUGUAUGGGGUGGCAUUGGCAGAUGCAACGACAGGCACGUAUUACACAUUCCGGCUGUCAUUCUGCCACUCCAACGUCAUUAAUCAUUUCUUCUGUGACCUGCCCCCGCUGCUGGUGCUGUCCUGCUCUGACACCCUCAUCAGUGAGAUUUUGAUGUUUGUCUCCAUGUGCUACACUGUAGGGAUCAGUGUUGGGACCAUUCUCCUCUCCUAUGUCUGUGUCAUCUCCACCGUCAUGAGGAUCCAUUCUGUCAAGGGUUUGCGCAAAGCCUUUUCCACCUGCGCUUCCCACUUGACUGCAGUGGGCAUGUUUUAUGGCACCCUCCUCUUUAUGUAUUUCCGACCCACCUCCAGCUACUCCAUGGACAGUGACAAAAUCACCUCAGUAUUCUACACGCUGGUGAUCCCCAUGUUGAACCCCCUCGUCUACAGCCUGAGGAACACAGAGGUGAAGGGCGCCCUGAGGAAAGCCAUGAAUAAAUUUCGGACCCAUUCUUGA